GCAAGUUUGCGGUGUUCGGGCGCCAUUACCGUCAAAUAACCUCCAAUCGAGGUGUGAACCCGCUUCUGGGCGAAAAUUAUUUAUUUAGCUUGUGCUCGUACAAUCAGUAAAUGUUUAAUGUUUGUUUGAAGCGUCACUCGUUCGUUUAGACCGUGAUUACGUUGGAUUUUAAUCGCCUAGACAUGGAUUCCAGUUCGUUAUCAACCAAAGCGAAUUUUACACAGACUAUUAAUUUUAAGGGAUCUGAGACUGAAUAUACUGCUGAGAUAGUUGCACAUGAUGUAACAAUUAGCUGCAGUGAGGGGAAUCACAGCAAAGGCAGCUCGAAAGUGAAACUGAAGAGUGUGGUUGAUUAUAAUUGGGAGUUUAAGUACUAUAUUGGUCAACUGGUUGCUUGUCAUGUUAGUGGCAAAUAUUAUGCAUACACUUUAAAACCUAAAGGUAAAGUUGGAAUGUUGCGAGUCGUAAAUUUAGAAACCGAAGAGCGCGCAUUAGUAAAAGACUUCCAAGGAACAAUCCAAGACAUUUCGUUUGCUUUAACACCACAGAUUAUUUUGGGAUGUAUCGAUAAUGAUUGGAAUUUGUAUGUGUACAGCGUUGACUCAUCCGAUAAUGUUAUGACUUGCAAUUUACUUAUGCACGUGAAGCAUCCCGAUGUUGAUCCGACAAUUGCAAAUUAUCGAGUUAUUUGGUGUCCGUACGUUCCAUCAUUUGGCGAGGAUUCUGAUACGUUGGAUGAUCCAGCAAAACUUUUAGUUUUACUUAAUGGAAGCAAAGCUGAAGUCUGGGAUGUGAGCAUUAUAAAUUCAAAAUAUGGAACCGGUCCACUUGAAGUAAUCGAUGAUAACGACGGAUAUGUUGAGAUUGUGGGUCAUACUAAAGAUAUAAUCGAUGCUUCAUUCUCUCCGGAUGGAACUGCUUUGGCUACAGCGAGCGUUGAUGGUUAUGUGAAAUUUUUCCAAGUUUAUCGUGUAGAGUCUGAAAGUCCGCGGUGUUUGCACCAAUGGCAGCCUCAUGAUGGUAAAGCGCUUUCGUGUUUAUUAUUCUUGGAUAAUAUCAAAUCUUACGCUAUAUCUGAUUCUAAGUUUUGGAAGUUUGCGAUUACUGGCGCUGACCACAACGCAGAAAUCAAAAUCUGGUCGUGUGAAUCAUGGACGUGUCUGCAGACAAUCCGCUUCGAACCAAAUGUGCGCUCCGUCAUUCCGAAUCUCUUCCUGAAAGUAUCCCUGGACAUGUCAGCUGAAUAUCUGUUGAUGUCCGACAUUAAUAAUCAAAUCAUGUACGUUUUACAAAUUCAGAAGAAUGAAGAGGAACGAAUGGCGAGUAUCUCCACGGUUUCGGAGUUUCUACAGCCGGCGUCGAUUUUAAGUUUUGGUAUUGUGAGUGUUGCACGAACCAAUUUGCGAUACUCUAGCAAUGAGGAAUUGUAUGAAGAUAUGGAAGAGUUUGAUGAUGAAACCAGUACGAUUGCAAUUGCAAUCAGAAUGAUUGUCGUGCAACCAAAGAGUUUGCAGGAUUGUACGAUUACUUUCAAGCCGGAGGGAUCAAUGGCUUCAAAUAUUAAAUCUGUUUACGGAACUGUGCCUGAGUUUGAAAGUAAUGGUGAAAAACCGGCGGAGGAGUUGCCUAAGCUGAAUGAUUUGCAAUCUUCUGUGACGCUGCUUAUUCAACAGCAACAACAGCAAAAUACUCAGCCGUUGAAUUUAAUGACCCCCGAUGAUUUCAACUCGCCCAUUAUUAAUUCCAGUCCGAAUAGUGUGCAAACAAUGGAUAUUCCGUCACCAUCAACGAAGAAAGAAAUUCCUAUUUUGGAUGUGUUUCCGAUUUCGCAUGCUAGCGGCGGUUCAAGUCCAAGCAGAGAAGUGCAAGAAAUUUUAUCUCUGAAUAAUGCUAAUUAUGGAAAUCAAGAGUUUGAGUAUAAUAACACCGAAAAAACAGCAACAAAAGCCGGUGUCAUCUGGGGGCGUAACGAUAUCGACGAGAAAGGUGAAACAAGAACCAAAGACGGCGACAACCAAAAGUGGAAAAUGGAGAUGACUGUUAUGCUUUUCAAGAUGCAAACAUUGCUCAAAGAACAAAACGAGCAAAUACAAGAGUUAAAAAUGCAAGCGUUUAAGAAAACCGUCGACAAUGAUAUUUGUAACAUGAUUCGUAAAGAGUUGGACGCCACAAUGACAAAUCAUCAUUUACAAACUACGAAAUUGCUUGAGGGUUUCCUCAAGGAACAGAAACGAAGGGAGACUGAACAAUUGGAUUAUUUAUUAGCGAAUUUGUCGCAACAAUUGAGUAAACAAGUUAUCGAGCAUUUACAACCGUGCAUAUCGCACGAAAUCAAAAUGAACGUGGUGCCGCCCGUGUUGAAUAUUUUCCAGAGUUUGCAAGAUCAAUUGGAUCUGCACUAUAAACAAAAACUCGCUACGUUGGACAAUUUGGUCAAGACGAAUAUUGCCAAGUUGUUUAGUAACAAACAAGUGGCUGAUUCAUUGAGUACUUCGAUUGUUACGAUAAUUAAGCCAAGUUUAGAAUCGUGUUAUAAGGAUAUGAUCGGGACGACUUUGAUUCCAUCCUGGGAGCGUGCGUGUACUACUAUGUUUCAGCAGAUUCAUAAUACAUUUACGCAGGGGACGAAAGAAUAUACUUCUUGUGUGGAGAAUUACAUGGAGCGCCAAAGAAAAGUACAGGAUAAAGGCAAAGAUUUGGUCAAUCAGAUUCAAACAGUGUCCGAAAAUAUGAAGUUAAACUCUGAAAAGUUAACAAACGCUGUUUCCGAAGAAAUCCAGCGACAAAUUAAUAUAUCUUGCGUCGGAAUGCAAGAAAAAUUAGGGUCAAUGAUUUCCGACGUGGUGAAGGACCAAGUUCGACUUGGUUUCCGCACACAUUCCGCGCUUCUGGAGGACAGCGUCGUCAACGCAGUACGAUCCAGGGCUGUGACUCCAUCUCCGCAUGUGAUUGACACACAGAUGCAAAUGUCACAAUUACAAUCGUUAAUCAUCAAAGGCAACAUCGACGCCGCAUUUCAGCAGGCUUUAUCAGCUUCGGCUACCGCUUCCGACUUAUCGUUAGUUUUGUAUGUUUGCGAAAACGUCAAUCCUGAUGAGGUGUUUUCCGACAUUAAAUGCAUCCUUCAGCAGCACGUGCUUCUCAGCUUGGUGCAGCAGUUGGGUGCGGACUUAGCGCAAAAAACCGACGUGAAACUAAGAUAUUUACAAGGAGCUGUUCUCUGUCUGGAUCCAAGUAAUCCUGUGACGCGUGAGCAUGUUCCUCUAGUUUUAACCGAAUUGACGAGACAAUUGAAGAGCUUCAUCGCGUCCAAUCCGACAAACAAAUACGCGACUGGAAUGCGCAUGCUGCUGAUGGCGACGAAGGCGUUCAUCAAGUGAAACUGCUGGGGAGUUGUGAAGACGAUUAUACACUUACAAUGCGAUUACAUUUGUCUUUAUAUGAAAUAUAUUAGGGGUGUUUGAAUGCAUCUUGUAAAGACUGUAUAGUAUUAAUAAGUCUUGUAUAUUUCAACUUUAGUUAAUGCGAUACUUUACAGUUCAUUUUAUUUUUUUAUAUUAUAUUUUAUUCAAUAACAACAAACCAUUUACAAUAUAUUUAUUGGCAUCUCUAA